CUUUCCUCAGACUUUACUCACAUUAUAACUCCAUUUGCUUCACCAUCAUACCUCAACUUCUACAGAAAUCAACAAUGAAGUCUCAGGUCACACUGUUGCUCAUCUGCAUGCUUUUCUCUAAAGCACUGUCUCUGACAUGUCAACAGUGUCUGCCAACUGGAACAUCUGCAACAUGCCAACCUACUCAGAUAACCUGUCCAAAUCAGUGUCUCACUUCAACCAUUACUGCGUACUCGAAUGGUGUAAAGUUUACAGAUUAUAUUCAGACUUGUGGAACACCAGACCUCUGUGUAAGUGGAAGUCUGAACAUGGGAUCAGUGAAAGUGACCACCAACAGUAAAUGCUGCAGUACUGAUUUCUGUAACACUGAAAAACUUCCAGAGCUUCCACAGCAGCCUCCCAAUGGUAGAAUGUGUUACACCUGUAAUAAUGACAAAUGCUUGGAAACAGUGAGCUGUACAGGAGAUGAAGAUCGUUGCAUCAGCGCAUCAGUUCAACAAGAGGGAAUUAGUGUGUCUGUGAAAGGAUGUGUGUCUGCAAGUGGCUGUGCUGCAUCUGGAUCAUCAAGCACACCAGGAAUCGGCGUUACUAAUUUGCAGUGCUGUGAGGGAAAUCUGUGUAACAGCGCUGAGAGCUUCACACUGAGUUUCCUCCCCAUGAUUGUUCCUCUGCUCUCUUCCAUCUUCUUCUACUGAGCUCAGAGUUGAUGCACCCUAUUUAAACCUUUAUCAACACGAAAUUUAAAUCUGUUUUUUUUUAUAUAUAUAUAUAUAUAUAUAUAUAUAUAUAUAUAUAUAGAAGUAGAAAUAAAAAGUGUGUUUUUGGUUGUGGCAUUUAUUUCUCCUAGAAAUAAUUUAUGAAACACUUUUGUUUAAAAAUCAACUGUCCAAAAAAUAUAAAAAAAAUGUUAAACUUAAAGCAGCAACAUUCAUAUAAUUUUAAUGAGAACUAAAUAAAAUGUUUUUAACUUAAAGUAGGCCCCUAAUUUAUUUUUCACUAUUGU